CUUUGCACAUAUAUAUUGGCCUAAUCAUAGUUGGUAGCUUUAGUGAUCAAUUAUUCACAAAUACAAAACAUCAUGGGGAUGGUCAUGAGUUACAUGGGACUAGGAGGAACAGCUGAAGGGUUAGUAGCCCAGAGUUUAAGUCUUGUAUCAGGAGCACUCUAUGAUCAAUUUAUGAAGAGAGAAAUUAAAAACUUUGACGACUUCCACACUGCAAUUCUUGAUAUCUUCAACACUAUCAACAUGGCCUUGCCCGGUAAACACUAUGAUGCACCAGAGCUCAAGGAAAUCCAGGACUUGUUUGAACAAUGGAAUGAAUCCAAGGAAGACAAAAAGAAGAUUUUCACUGACUUCAUGAUCAAGAAUGUGAACAUCAGCAAAGCAGAUGAGUCUAUGAUGAUCACAGGGAUAGUGGCACCUCCUGCAGCCAUGGUAGUUAAAAAAACUGGUCAGUCUGUACCCCAGCUAAGUGUUAUCAAAGCCAUUCCUGAUGUUAUCUUUGUGCCCACAGCCACAAUUUUGGCUCUCAUUGCUGUUAAGCUCACCAAAAGAAUGUCAUUCAAGAAAGCUGCAUCCUAACUAACUGUCCCUUAUCAUGUAUAAAAAACUAGCAAUUGAGUGAUUAUUCUCAAAUUGCUUGUGCAUGUGAAUUAUUUAGCAAUUGACUAAUUUAAUA